CCUAUAUGCGCUUGUUAUAAAAAAAUAUUACAAAUAAUAUGCACAUUCAGUAGGUGAAGAGUGUUUGCACUUAGUGUACUCGAAACUUUUAAAGUUAACUGUUAACUAUGUUACCAUCUUCUAGAAGAAUUAUAAGACUUAUUAGAAAAAUAGAAGCUAAUGUUAAAAGUAGCAAACGUUUACUGAGCACCCAAGAUGUUAUAAAAAGAGAAAAUCGAUAUACUGCUCACAAUUAUCAUCCACUGCCUGUGGCGUUAACAAAAGGAGAAGGUGUUUUUGUUUGGGAUGUAGAAGGUAAUCGAUAUUUUGAUUACCUCAGCGGAUAUUCAGCAAAUAACUUUGGACACUGCCAUCCAAAAAUCAUCAAAGCUUUACAAGAUCAAAGUACCGUUCUGCAUCAUACGUCUAGAGCUUUCUUUUCCGAUGUACUAGGAGAAUAUGGCCAAGUAUUAACCAAAUUGUUUGGAUAUGACAAAGUUUUGCCAAUGAAUACAGGGGUUGAAGCAGCAGAAACGGCAUGUAAAAUUUCAAGAAAAUGGGGCUAUAGGAAAAAGAAAAUACCUAAAAACGAAGCCAAAAUAAUUUUUGCUGCUGACAAUUUUUGGGGAAGAUCUCUGGCUGCCGUUUCAGCAUCUACUGAUCCACUUUGUUUUGAAGAAUAUGGACCUUUUUAUGCCUGGAUUUAGUUGCGUUCCAUACAAUGACUUAAAAGCGCUGGAAAAAGCUUUACAAGAUCCUCUGGUAUGCGCCUACAUGGUGGAACCAAUCCAAGGUGAAGCUGGCAUUUACGUACCUGAUGCUGGAUACUUAAAAGGAGUCCGUUCGCUUUGCACCAAAUAUAAUGUUUUAUGGAUAGCUGAUGAAAUUCAGACUGGAUUAGGUAGGACUGGAAAAAGAUUGGCUGUUGAUUAUGAGGAUGUUAAACCCGACAUUCUGGUUCUCGGAAAAGCCCUUGGUGGUGGAGUUUACCCAGUUUCCGCUGCUCUAGCCGACGACAAUGUUAUGUCGGUUAUUGAACCAGGUACUCACGGCUCUACUUUUGGAGGAAAUCCUUUAGGUUCUAAAGUAGCUAUGCAAGCUUUAGAAAUAUUAGAAGAAGAUGAAUUAGCAGAAAACGCAUUGAGAUUAGGAGAGCUGUUCAGAGUAGAAUUAAUUGAAAAACUGAAAAAUGCCAAUACAGUUAUAAAUGAUAUUAGAGGGAAAGGUCUUCUAAAUGCUUUAGACAUCAAUAGAAAUUAUGCAGAUGCCUGGGAAAUAUGUUUGAAAUUAAAAGAAAACGGUCUUUUAGCAAAACAUACUCAUGAUCAUAUAAUAAGAUUUUCGCCUCCUCUUAUAAUAAAUGAAGAACAAAUGAAACAUUCUAUAGAUAUUAUUGUUAAAACUAUUACAAGUAUUGAUACCUCACACAAAUAACGACAAUAUUUUUUGGAGUACCUACAUAUGCAAGCAACAUAAUAUAUAAUAAACAAGGUUUUUGUCCAGUUAUCGUUCCCACUAGAAAAUAUAAAUUUGGUCUAGCUACUUAUAAAAUGGCUUUUUUUAAGUUAAUACCUAAGUAUAUACUUAGUGGUAAUGUGGAUUCGACAAGCAACUGAUUAGCACA